AUGGUCUCAAAUGAAGCCAAUUUAUAUCCCGGGAUUAUACAGUUGCUUCUUCAUUUUGAAUGGACUUGGGUGGGGCUCCUCGCUAUAGAUGAUCACAGUGGAGAACAUUUCCUAAAGAUCCUGGAACCAUUGCUUUCCAAGAACGGAAUCUGUUUGGCUUUUGCUGAAAGGAUACCUCCCAAAUUACAAUGGGAUAGCGCGUAUGAUUUUAGAAACAUAAUCCCAAAUAUCGAAUUGGUGUUUGUAGAUGCCAGAGUCAGUACAUUUAUACUCUAUGGAGAUUCAAGGACGCUUAUAAUAUUGAAUGGUUAUUUUUUUCUAGGGGAUAUUUCAUGCGAUCAUAUAUUUGGCAAGGUGUGGAUUUUAACAGCCCAGAUCGAUUUUACCCUGUCAGGCUUGCAAAGAUUUUGGGAUUUUCACUUCUUUCAUGGGGCAAUCUCUUUCGCCAUUCACUCAAACCAGCUUCCAGGAUUCCGUGCAUUUGUUCGCGACAUAAAAGUUAAUGAGGUGGAGGAAAAUGGUUUUCUGAAGUUCUUCUGGGCACAAGCGUUUAACUGUAUAUUUGUAAAUGGCAACGAAUCCACGGAAGUUGACAGUGCUUGUACAGGGGAGGAGAAACUGGAAAGCCUUCCUAACAAUAUUUUUGAAAUGGCCAUGAGCGGCCACAGCUAUAGCAUCAAUAAUGCGGUCCACGCUGUGGCACGUGCUCUACAUACUUUGUACUCAUCAAGAUUUAACCUCGGAGCAAGAAAGAGUGGCAAAAGAUCUGAAUUUCAAGAUCUCCGGCCAUGGCAGCUCCACCCAUUUCUUCAAAGCAAUUCCUUUAACAACUCGGCAGGAGAAAAAGUAUCUUUUAACAGCUACAGGGAGGUGGAAGAAGGAUUCGACCUCACAAACUUGGUCACGUUCCCCAAUGAGUCCCACUUGCGGGUGAAAGUUGGAAGGUUGGAUCCCACAGCUCUUGAAGGAAAAGAAUUGAUCCUCCACGAGAAUUUAAUUGUAUGGCAAACAACUUUUAAGCAGGUCCCUCCUCUUUCUGAGUGUAAUACUCAUUGCGGGCCUGGGUCUCAGAAGAAAAAGAAGGAAGGGGAGAAAUUUUGCUGUUACGAUUGUAAUCCAUGCACUGAAGGGAAGAUCUCAAGGAAGAAGGACGUGGAUGACUGUAUCGAUUGUCCAGAAGAUGAGUAUCCAAGCGAGGAGAAAGAUCGAUGUCUGCCGAAGUCAACACAUUUUCUGUCUCACGAAGAAACAUUAGGAGUUAGUUUGGCCUCUAUCGCCAUGUCCUUUUUCUUGGUCACAGCUUUGGUUCUAUCCACCUUUGUCAAGAACAAAGACAGCCCCAUAGUCAAGGCCAACAACAGAGAUAUCACCUAUGCUCUUCUGGCCUCCCUCUCCCUCUGCUUCCUCUGCUCUUUGCUGUUCCUCGGGAAACCAAGCAAAGUGACCUGCCUCCUCCGGCAAUCUGCUUUCGGCAUCAUUUUCACAGUGGCUGUUUCCUGCAUCUUGGCCAAAACCGUCACUGUGGUGGUCGCUUUCGUGGCCACCAAACCGGGAUCCAACAUGAGGAAAUGGGUGGGGAAAAGACUGACCAACUCUGUUGUCCUUUCCUGUUCCUUCAUUCAAGCAGUCAUCUGUCUUGUGUGGCUCGGAACCUCUCCCCCAUUCCCAGACAUUGACACACAGUCAUUGACUAGAGAAAUCAUUGCAGAAUGUAAUGAAGGGUCAGUUCUCAUGUUUUAUACUGUCCUCGGCUACAUGGGACUUCUGUCCCUCAUCACCUUGAUUGUGGCUUUCUUUGCCAGGAAGUUGCCAGACAGUUUCAAUGAGGCCAAGUUCAUCACCUUCAGCAUGCUGGUGUUUUGUAGCGUCUGGGUGUCUUUUCUGCCAACCUACCUCAGCACCAAAGGAAAAUACAUGGUGGCUGUGGAGAUCUUCUCCAUCUUGGCUUCUAGUGCUGGAAUGCUGGGUUGUAUCUUUUUCCCCAAGUGUUACAUUAUUCUGCUCAGACCUGAGAUGAAUACCAAGGGGCACGUCAUGAGGAGGAAUAAUUAA